AGACUGUGUCCCCAGUACUAGCUGGACACAGACACAAGCUCUGCUUGUCCUCAUUGCCCAAGAUGAGGAUUCACCUGCUUUGGUUGCUGCCUCUGAUUCUGCUGGGGUCCUCAGCUCAGGCGCUGCGGUGUCACCAGUGCAGUGGCGUAGGGAACUGCUACAACCCCACGUCCUGCAAGAACACGAGCCGCUAUUGCUUGACCAGCUGGUACACAACCUCAGGCCACCAAAUGGACGUGACAAAAACAUGCGCAUAUACCUGCCCUGACAUCCAUCAGAGCCAGAUCAAGGCCUCCUGCUGCAACACGGACCUCUGCAACAGUACUGGGAGACUCCAUGCCAGCUGGGGGCUGCUGGCCCUCAGCAUCUGGUUCAUCUAUCUCAGCAAAUAGGUGCGGAGCUCCCACUCAGGCCCGCAAGCUGCAGAGCUGGGAGUUUGGGGCCAGGUGCCAUCAUGUGACGGGAGUGUGUCAGAGCUUCCUUAACUCCAAUCAGAAGGAUUCGAAGAGAGAAGGCUCAUGGACGUGGGGCCUUAGUCUGAUGGAGAUCCUUGCCACUGUUCAGGGUGCUGCAUUCAGAGCUCUGUCUGCAGGCUGGCCAUCCGCUGCCCUCCAACUGCUGGUGCAAGGAAGCCUUGAGCCAGUUACUGAGGCCUGAGGUAGGCCCCUCAGCAGGCCCGAGGAGCUAUUUUGGGGGCUUCUUUGUUUCACACACCCCAUGGCUUCCUCUCUCUAACUACCUCAGAGGACCUGAGCCUGCACAUCACUGCUUUAAAAGAGCUGACCCCGGCACAAUACUGAAAUGCGCUGCUUUAACUGAGUUCAAAGCUCCGUGGCAAGCGGAAACCCUAUGGAGAGGUCUCCAGCCUGGCUGUCGGGGAAGGGCGGAUGGUGGGACAGAUUUGCUUGAACAAGGUGUGGGUCAGCCCUGGCAUCCGCAGGGCUGGCGCAUGGAAUGCCAGUGGUGUAGCUUAUAGCCCCAGCAUACCUUGCUGGGAUGGACUCUGAGGAUUCUAUCUCGAGGUGACACCAGUCUUAUCAGGACUUCAGGAGUCCCCGUGAACUCCGGUCUGUCCUGGAGCAAAGAGAAUCUAGAACUACGAGGGCAAGGAGCAGGCUUGGUCCAGCUGUGAGUGAAGCCUGAAGCAUUUUCUCCCUUCUCUACCUGUGGUCCGGUGCCAGGACCCCACUAGACAGCACUAGGGCUGCAUCCUUUCAGUGGGCGUCUGCCUCUCUCCUCAUAUCUGAAAGCCUGGGCAACACCAUGCCCCGAUGAAGAGAAUGAAUGGGGGAAUUAAAGUCUGGGCUGGCAGCAGUUUUGGUGGGUGACCCCACUGGCUGGAUUCUCCCUAACUUCCCAGAUCCAUGUUUAGAGCAGAGAGUGAGUUCAGGCUUGUCAUUCGCUUCACAGCCUCGUUCCAUCCCAGGGACUUUCUGUGGUGUUUUCCAUAGAGUGUGCCUAAUCUAGACCUGAUGGCAAGCUGCCCAUGUGGUUCUGCUACCUCCUUAUUGCACAAGGGUGUGCUGUGAGGUACUGGAUCAGUGCGCUGGGGACCGAGGGAGGGCUGAAUUCAGGUGACCUCUCACUUGUCACCUUAUCAGGUACCAAAGAGUGAUGACACUAGUUGAAGGAGGCAGAUGGGCUGCUCCUGGACAUAUGGCCAGUAAGGAAGAGCAGAGCUGGUGGAUGAGCUCAGAAUCUUACUUGGUGCAGGUCUCAAGGGUCCUAGAAAACAGCAGUCCUCUGCUGAAGAGUAGGGCUUGGAGCUAAAAUCUGGUAGGCUAUAGGUUCUUUUCCUUUCUUUCUUUCUUUCUUUCUUUCUUUCUUUCUUUCUUUCUUUCUUUCUUUCUUUCUUUCUUUCUUUCUUUCCCUCCCUCCCUCCCUCCCUCCCUCCCUCCCUCCCUCCCUUCCUUUCUUCCUUCCUUCCUUCUCCAGAGUGCUGAGAUUACAGGCGUGUGCACCACGGUGCCCUGCUGGCUACAGCUUCUUGAUGAGAUCACAGGGAAGAGGAAAAUCGUCAGGUGAGAGCAGGGCAUACAAGAUAGUGUGUGUGAGAUAGCUUCACAAGAGGCUUUUUGCUCCCGAAACAGAGAUUUCCAUGAAUGCCCUGUCCGGUUUCCAAGCUCCCCAGGUUGGUGGGCUGCUUGUGCAAAGUAUCCUACUGUUGGGGCCUCAUCAGUCAUGCUUUUUCCAGAGCGCAGGCAUUUGCUGGCUUUCUUGGCAAAGUGUGCACAUGCUGCGGGCCCACGGCCACUGAGCUGCCCACACAAAAGGUCGAUGCCACAGAGGUCUGGAGACUGGGUCAGGGGGCUGGGUAUUCCACAGGCUCCAGGGGCCUUGCGCACAAUUUACUUCAUUACAGUGCCCAUGCUUCAAGCAUUCACCAAAGGAUGGUUUUCCUUCUGCUUCUCACAUCCCAUUACCCACUGGUAGGACAGAUCCGGCUUGAGGGAGGCCACCUCAUGCUGACAUUUACUCCCAUGUCUUCAGGCACAGACCUUAAUUUCUCUGGGCUUCUACUUGCUUAACAAUAAAAUGAGAAUACAAGGCUUUGGGUCAAAAACAUAGAAACAACAAAUUAAGGCUCAAGGAUAAAUGGUUCAGAGAGUAGUGGGCUCGCUAGGCAUUGUGGGUAUCGCUGGUGUCCAUCCUCAGUGCUGUGUCAACCGAACAUUGUGGUGCCCACCUGUAACCCUGGAACUGGAAGCAGGAGGGCCAGAAGGUCAAGGACAUCAUUGUCUUCAAAGCAAAUCUGAAGCCACACGAGGCCAAGCCAGUGAGACUGUCUCUAAAUAAAUAAAUAAACAAACAAACCAACAAAGCUA